UCUCUCCAGCCCAUCUCUCACUUAUCCCCCCCCCUUCCUUUUCUCGUCUUCCUUCAUCAUGACCAUCACAACCUCAGCAGCCACCACCCAAGCCCUCGUCCUGCACGGCGCCAAAGACCUCCGUGUGGAAUCCCGGCCUCUUUCCCCUCCAACCGGCAACGAAGUCCAAGUCGGCGUUCGUGCCACCGGUAUUUGUGGCUCCGACCUCCAUUACUACACCCACGGCCGCAAUGGCGACUUUGUCGUCCGGGAACCCAUGUGCCUGGGCCACGAAUCCGCCGGCAUCGUCACCGCGGUCGGACCCGAGGUCACCACCCACGCCGUGGGCGAUCGCGUCGCUCUGGAAGUCGGCUUUGCCUGUCGCCAAUGCGCCCUCUGCCAGCAGGGCCGCUACAACAUCUGCCCCCAGAUGAAGUUCCGCAGCAGCGCCAAGCUGUUCCCCCACCUGGACGGAACCCUCAUGGAGCUCACCAACCACCCUGCCGACUUGUGCCACAAGCUCCCCGAGUCCGUCUCCUACGCUGGAGGCGCCCUGAUUGAGCCCCUGGCCGUCUGUCUCCACGCGAUUCGGCGCUCCCGGCCCCCAACCCAGGAGGAGGUGAGUCUGGCGCAGUCGCUGGGCGAACCCACCUCGGCCUUGAUCUUCGGGGCGGGUGCCAUUGGCCUGCUCCUGGCGUCCGCCCUGGCCACAUCCCAGAACUUCUCCUCCAUCGUGGUGGCCGACAUCGAUGCCUCCCGACUGGCCAUUGCCGACUCGCUGGGUCUGGGCCUGAAGACGACCCUGAUCCCCAAGGCCGAUCCGGCCAACCCGCCGCCAUCCCGCGAGGCCCCGCACGCAGAACAGACGGCAUGGGCGCUGCAGAACGCGCAGCGCGUAGCAGCAACCCUGAAGGAGUCGGCCGGUCUGACAUCGGGCUUUGCGCGGGUCUAUGACUGCACGGGGGUGCCGGCCUGCGUGCAGGCGGGCAUCUAUGCAGCGGGAGCAGGAGCCGUGUUGGUACAGAUCGGAAUGGGCAACCCCAUUCAGACGCUGCCGGUCGGGGCGGCGGCGCUACGGGAGGUGGACAUCAUCGGGGUGUUCCGCUACGACGGCUAUGCGUAUCCAGCGGCGAUUGCCUUGAUGGCCAGCGGGAAGCUGGAGCGAGUGGAGCAGUUGGUGGUGACGCACCGGGUGCCGCUGGCAGAGGGCGCGCGGGCCUUUUCUCUGGCAGGCCAGGGAGUCGACGAGGCCGGGCAGCCAGUGGUCAAGGUGGUGAUUGAGAGCUGAGAUCCCAGCCCUGACCCGGAUGACGAGAACUUAUGAUGUUACGGAGUGUAUAGUAGACAGCACACAAUGCUCAAUGAAACGAUU